GGUAGAAAUUGCUUGUGUGUGGUGUGUGGACAUCGAUCUUUUGUGAAUAAGUAUAAGAAGAGGAUAAGAAGAAGAAAUCAUAAACUAGAGGGGGAAAAAAAAAAGAAUUAGUGGGAGAAAAAAAUGGUUAGUGAAGAAAUAGAAAAGAAACUCUACAAAGCUGCAUCAAAAGGGGAUGUAAAAACACUUGUACAACUACUUGGAGAAGAUCCAUAUCUUGUUCAUGAAUUCUCGUUUCCAUGUUCAAGAAAUCUUCUACACAUAGCAGCAAUGCAUGGACAAACAGGCGUUGUCGAAGAAGUGUUGGAGCGUAAUCCGAGGCUAGCGCGGAGUUCAGACUCCCGAAGUUCGUCGCCUCUUCACAUUGCCGUAGAUGAAGGGGACCUUGAAAUCACAAAAAGGUUGAUGUCAGUAGCGCCAGAGAUGUGCUGGUGGCGGGAUAAUCAAGGGAUGAAUCCGAUUCAUGUUGCGGCCGUGAAAGGGCGUGUUUUGAUAUUGGAGGAGCUGCUUCGACCGGACCUAAUUCCUGCCGCCCGGGAGACAGUGCAUGGCGGGCAGACCGUGUUGCACUUGUGCGUGAAACAUUUUCAAUUCGAGACGUUGAAGGUUUUGGUGGAAAAGUUGGGGGACUUAGUUUAUGCAAAGGAUGGUGAUGGUGAGACACUCUUGCAUUUGGCUGUUAGAUCCAAUCAACUUAAGAUUGUAGAAUACUUGGUGGAAAGUAGAAAAAUAAAGAGACUAGCAACGAAUUCCAGUGGCGAAACAGCAUUGGAUAUCUUGCGUGAGAGCUUUCACGAAACAGAUACAUAUAAAGAAAUGAGAAGAAUCUUGCAACGUUUCGAUUCUCUGGCAAUGGUCAAACAGUUCCCCAAGUUGACCGAAAUGGCAAUGGUGGUGGUGAUUCUAAUAGCCACGAUGGCGUUCCAGGCGGCGGUCAACCCCCCGGGGGGUGUGUGGCAGGAAGACAAGCCAUCACCCGACAUUUACACGCCAUCACACAAAGCGGGCAGAGCAGUGAUGGCAACUAAUAGUCCUGGACUAUAUAUAUCCUUCCUUGUUGCUACCAACACGGCUUUCAUUUCAUCGAUGAUCACAAUCGUCCUCAUCAGCACCGGAGCGCCACAGGUAGAUUUUGUCUUGCUGGCAAUCACGACCUAUUCGAUGUGGGUGUCGAUUGUGUCUAUUGGAGUGAGCUAUGGGGUUUCUUUACUCAUGACCAAUCCUAUGGAAACAAAAUCAAUUUCCGAAAUAGCCACCAUAGUAGUAGGUGUGUUCGUCGGCAUCAAUAUAUUGUUGGUCAUCUACUUCCCCAUACGCACCAAGGUUUUGGGGGGGCUUAAACAAACAGAGACACAAAUACAGAGUUUGCUUCAAGUUCUUGAAAAUGCUCCCGACAGCUUUCCCAAACGUGCUACUGUUUCUUUGUGUUUAACUAUACAAAGAUGGCUUAGUGUUCUUACCACCGGUAAUUGAAGAUAUACCUAAUGCUUCAAUGUAAUAGAGAGUCGAGCGUAAUUAUAAGCUCAAUUUCAGGUUUUCUUUGUUGGUUCUUUCCCGGAAUGCAAAAUAGAGUCGAACCAAUCCUAGGAUAAAGUCUUAAAGAGCUUGUAUUCAUAAACAACUUGCGAAAUCACAAGACUCCUCUAUUGUUUUCGUCUA